AUGUAGCAAAUCAAUUAGAUCGCUGAUCAUUUGUAUUUAAUACAAUAAGGCAACAACUCUUACAUUCACCGACAGCUGGGAGAAUCAGAUACUGUGGUUAUAAAAUCUGUGUUCCAUGCUUAACUAUUUAUGGAAGAUGAUAGUGUUUGUCACUCCGUUCAUUAGAGAGAAUGCCAAGAUCUCUAGAAUGAAUGGAAAAUACUCAGCUAGCUAAAUCAUCCAAACAUAAUCAAACCUUAAUAAUUUAUUGCCAAUCAUUAGCUUGACCCAGCUGGAGGGAACCUCCAAUGUUGCAGCUUAUUCCUUGAAAAUGCUUCUUGUGAUCUUCAUACUCUCUGCAAAUCAAAUGAAACAUCCUUCAAAAUUAUAAUCAAGUACUUUACUUAAAUUUCAAUUGCUGUCGAAUAUUUGCAUUCCUAAAACAUAGCACACAAUGACAUCAAAUUAGAGAACAUGCUCGUGAUCAAUAGAAAUGUUAUCAAAUUGGCUGACUUUGGAUUCAGCUAUAGACCUGCCUACGAGGACUUACUUUCCAAAUGGUUACCCAGAACUCUCACAGCUUAUUCCAGUCCUGAAAUUGUUAAUUUUAGAUUAAAUGUUGCUGAUGGUGAAUAUGAUGAAUUCUGUUUAUUUGCCUCGGAUGUGUAUGCUUUAACCACAGCGCUAUUUCUAGCUGUCUAUAAGAGACCGCCUAUCAUGGGUAAGUUCCCAACUAUAGAUGAUUAAUAUUAUCAUUUAUUGAUCAACCAACCUGAUUUGUUUUGGCAAUUAGAUUUCAUUCAGAAAGUAGACUCUUAAUUAAUGAGGGAACACAUUCCUAAAUAAUUACUCGAAAACUUUAAAGACUUAAUUGAAGGUGGAUUGGCUGAAGAAUACAAUAGGAUUACUAUUUAAGACUUCAUAAAUCACGAAUUUUUCAAAUAUGCUAUGCAAAUUGAAGGAGAAUAAUAUUGACAUCAUCAAUUAAUAGUAAAUACUCAAUCUAUUAAAUAUAUGAC